AUGAGCUUUUGUCGUAUUUGCUUCCUUUACUUGAUGAUGUUCAUCGUUACUCGUUGGAUCCUUGGAGUUCAAUCAGCUGCAGGUCCUUUAAACAAGUUUUUACUAUCUUCUUAUGAAAUUAAUAAUAAAAAAUCAACAAUACUAUCCAAGAAACUACAACAGCCAAGUCAAAGAAAGCUUUUGGCUCAAGAUACUUGCACAGGCAGAGAUAUAAGUAUAUCACAAGGUAGAGGUUCCUCUUCUGGGAUUCCACAGUUCAUAGUUGAGAUUGCCAACACCUGUGUUUCAGGUUGUGCUCCUUCAAACAUCCAUCUCCACUGUAGUUGGUUUGCUUCUGCAACAUUGGUAAACCCAACAAAUUUCAAGAGGCUUUCCUAUGAUGACUGCUUGGUAAAUGGAGGGAACCCUUUGAAUAACGGUCAGAUCAUUAGAUUCACCUAUUCAAACACCUUCAUGUACCCACUUAGAUUCAAAUCUGCCAAAUUCUGCUAA